CUGCGCCGCCUCCGCCCACGGAUCUGAGCGGCUGGCUGGGCGGCGCGGCAGCUGCCGGAAGCGCGAUGCCGUGAACCUGGGGUACAAUGUGAAACACACUCUGGAUUUCAAAUAACACCAUUUCAUCAUGGGACAGCAAAUUUCGGAUCAGACUCAAUUGGUUCUUAACAAGUUACCAGAAAAAGUAGUAAAACAUGUCACAUUGGUUCGAGAGAGUGGCUCCUUAACUUAUGAAGAAUUUCUUGGGAGAGUAGCUGAACUUAAUGAUGUAACUGCUAAGGUGGCUUCUGGCCAGGAAAAACAUCUUCUCUUUGAGGUACAACCUGGAUCUGAUUCCUCUGCCUUUUGGAAAGUGGUUGUACGGGUGGUUUGUACCAAGAUUAACAAAAGCAGUGGCAUUGUAGAAGCAUCACGGAUUAUGAAUUUGUAUCAAUUUAUUCAGCUUUAUAAAGACAUCACAAGUCAAGCAGUAGGAGUUUUAGCACAGAGCUCUACUUCUGAAGACCCUGGUGAAAACUCAUCAUCUGUAACGUCUUGUCAGGCCAGUCUUUGGAUGGGAAGGGUGAAGCAGCUGACUGAUGAGGAGGAAUGUUGCAUCUGUAUGGAUGGCCGAGCUGAUCUCAUCCUACCUUGUGCUCACAGCUUUUGUCAGAAGUGCAUUGAUAAAUGGAGUGAUCGACACAGGAAUUGCCCUAUUUGUCGCCUACAAAUGAGCGGAGCAAAUGAAUCUUGGGUGGUGUCAGAUGCACCCACUGAAGAUGAUAUGGCUAACUAUAUUCUUAACAUGGCUGAUGAGGCAGGCCAGCCCCACAGGCCAUGACCUUAUACUUUGGUCAUAGGGUAGAAUGCAGGGCCUAUAACAUACAGCACAGAGACCGAAAUCAAUUUUCCCCACCCUGUUAUUUUCACUAUUCUGAAAAUUUGUCCUAUUUCUUUUGAAAAAAUUUCCAUGUCUUCCAUUUAUGGUAAACUAAAAUUUGCUACUGUUUAAACUAUGUUUUCCUGUUAUAUAGCUGUUCUAAUACAUAUUAGAACUAAAUGCUCUUGAAUCCUUUGCUGAGGUAAAAGCAACAUUUUUAGAGGCUUCUGAAACACUGUUUUUCAGAGCAGGAGUACUUGGGAAUCUUUUUAGUUAUGUGUAAAGUAAACCUUGAAUGUGAAAAAGCUGUAACCAUCUAAGAAAAUUUUAAAUGACUGAAAAUGUAGAGUACAUCAAUGUGCAUGUUACUACUUAAGUCUUUCUGCUGGAAUCUAAGGAGUAUGUUUGCCCCCUUGUGGUUAAUUAUUGCUCCUUUAAUAAUUUUUACUUGAAAUGAUCCACAGUUAUUUCUUAACUCUAGCAGUGUGUUUUGGAACUACAUACUUUUUACUUAAAAGCCUUUUUUUCCCCAUGCUGUAUAAUUUGGAUGAAGACUAUAAAGUUGGGCAUGGCUGGCUUGUAACGGGAUUCCUGCUGGGGAAUCUUCUUGGCUGUACUGGAAGUGCUUUCCCAAACUUCUUAAAUCACUUUUGAUAAGUCUUGUGCAUCUUUGAUUUUCAGAAGGAAAUUUUUCUUCAUUAUAGAUCCUACAUUUUUUUAUGUCCAAUUGUGAAGUCAUUCAAUAUUGAUUUAUGGUGCUUUUAUUUUCUUAACUUAAAGGAAUCUUUCUGAGGUCUCAGAGUCUUCAAAUUUUUUAGAUUAAGAGAAGAGAAAAUAGGGUAUAGCUUUUUAACCAUGUAUAAACAAAACAUCUCUCUGAAAAUUAGGAGAUAAUUUGGCUUUCUUACUUUUUCACUAUACUUCCUUUGAAAUACUCUGAAUGAGUAUAGUCAUAAUGGAAUUAUGAUAUUCAAUAGCACUUCAACCAUUUUUUAAAAUUUUGCUUAUAAAGUAAAAUUUUUGUUUUAUGUUAAACAUUAAAAUUGCAACAUAUAAUAAAACUUGGACUUGAUGUCUCCUUUAAAAAGUACAUUAACAGUCCAUAUAACUUUUCUGACGUAUUCUUGAUAAGUUGCAAAUAAUAUUUUUUUCCUAAGUACCAAAGUAUGUGAUUUAAAUUGCUGCUUAUUGAUGGCAGAAUUUGGGGGUACUAGCAUUUUAAAAUAAUAUAGGCAUGCAAAUAAAAUAAUGAUGUGAUGUUUAACGAAAGGUAGCUUGAUUUCACCCCAAAACUAUUGCUAACUAAUUGGUUGACAUUCAUGAUGGGGCAGCUCAGUACUAAACAGUCUGGAUAUUUAUGAAAGCAGAGUUCUAGGAACUCUAUCAUAGCAAUGUAGCAAUGUACCUGAUGAUUGUUUGACCUUGAAAAGGUCCCUUCCCUCUAGUUUGUAGGUUCCUACAUUAGAAACUGAGACUUUAGUCUGUGGUUUUCACUUUAUUUUAGCAGUAGAAUUUUUUUUCAAGUAAAAUCUUACUCAUAAUCCCUGCGUACAUAUGCGCUCGCACACACUCCCUAAGCCACUAUAUAAAAGUCAUAGUCAAAUAAAUUUCCCUAUAUAAACUUUAUAUAAUAAAAUAACAUGUUAUUAAGUCAACCAGUGAAAACAUGCAUUAAUGCAUUGGUGAUAUCCAGUGUAUUAGAAUUUGGUGGGAACACAGUUAUGAGAGCUGUUUUUAAAUUAACUUUUUAAAAAAUUAAAUUCAAGUCAACUUUGCAGAACUCUGUUUCCUCCUUGGACUCUUAGUAUUCCUUGGAGCAUAUUUUGAAAAUCUUAGGAUAAAUAAUCCUUCUGAAAUUUUACCAGCUCUAUGAUUUUAAAUUGUCCUCCUAGAUUAGACUUGCUAAGUCUAAUUCAGAUAGCCUAAUUGAAUACAGUUUCUGAAAAUGAACAAAAUUGCUUUAUAGAUUAUUGGAUCUUUCCAGAUAUAGCCAAUGAUUUUAUCCCCCAGAAUCAGUCACCUUUCAAGGAAUUAUUUAACAUUAAGCCCAGUAACUUAAUAUUGCCCGAACUUUUUUAUUUUCCAAUAUGAGCUCCAAGACACUAACUGAUCUACUGUGAAAAAGAAAAUGUUCUCAUUAGCCUUAUCUAAUAAAUAAGCACAGUUUUUGCUUAUUCCAUUAAACUGGGUGAUAAUUCUUUAGAUGUGAGUGUUAGGUAGGUUCCAUUGUAAUAAUUAAUUAUAAAAGUUGUAAAUUUGUUUAAUGGGUGAAAUAAACUUUUUGUAUUCUGUACAGCUUGUCUUUUUUAAAUAUGAAGUAUUUAAAUGCACUUACUAUGAUAGGAGAUAUAAUGUGUGCCUUCUAGGAUUUGUGAAAUGGUUUCAUGAACUAUAAGGAAUUUGUUUUGUAAGUUAACAAGUUUUCCUGACCCUAACCCAGUAACAAAGGGUUUACUCAUGUUAUAAUGCUAUAGAACUUUAGUUUAGAGAAAUGGACAUGUCUAUGUACUGAAUUUAGAAGUUGAGAAUGGCAUCUGUUUACUCUUAGGACAAACUGAUAUAUUGUGCAAUAAAUAAUCUUUAGCAAGUAAAUUUUAGCUAACAGAAGAGAUUUUUUUCUUAUGUAGUUUCACAUUCUUAUAACUAAAUGUUUGUAUUUCUUAGAGGACUGUUUUAAAUUGUGCAGUGGGGAUUGUGGUGUUUCUGUGCUAUGUUUUAAAAUUCAUUUCAAAUUGGACUCAAUUUCUUAAUACCUAAUAUAUAUCUAAAGUAAUAAGGCUGCUUAAAGAUAGCAGUGACCUUUAACACUGAUAAGUUGGAUUCAUUAAAAGGCAGUCCAAAAAAUUUUCAUGUUUAGCUGUUUUUUUUCUUCAUUAAGUCAAGCUUUGCCUAAUGAGGAAUAAGGAAACUACUUGGAGAUUAGGGAAUCUCCAAUCACAAAUCAGCUGAUCACCUUUACUUAUGAUGGGCAAUACAAUGACGAUAUAAUAUAAAUGGUGACAACAGACUUUCAUUAGUUUUCCUGUUUUUUUACUCAUACUCCAUCAUAGGGUAAUUUUGUAAAAUCAUUUCCAAGAUAAUUAGAGAAGUAUCUUAGAAUCUUAGUUCUGAGAAUAAGAAAGCCAUUUAUAAGAAGGAGCGGCAGUUUUUAAUUAAAUUUACUGAUAUAUAUCAUCAUGAAGAAAUAUACAUUUUGUUAUCAAAAGACAUAAAAGCCUCCUCAGAGAUGUAUUUUGAUAAUCUUGCAGCUAUUUAUAGUUUUACUUUCUGGCAGCCUCUGUCUUUCCAAUAUAAUAUUUAGAGGUUGAGGAUGUAAAAAUUUCCAAUGAACUAUAUUUGUUUGAUUUGUGUUCCUUCUAUUGUAGUUGUUAAUUUGUUCUUUAUAACAGUUCAAGUAUAGACUACUUGGGCAUAUUGCCAUCAUAAUUACAUUCAGUGUACCUCAAACCCAGAGGAAGAGGGAUGUUUUUUCACCAGUGUAUCACUCAUGUCAGAGAGAAAGCCAGAGGGAUAUGCUCUGAACUCUGCUUUAAUCCAAAAUAAGAGGAAGUAGUGGUCUAGGAAAGGCCUCGGUAAAUACCAACCCAGGAACUGUGAUUUGUUUUCAUGUGUCAAAGAGCAAUGGAAUUGAUCAUUUCAAUGAUGCAGGUUGAAUUAAACCAUAACAUGAACUUGAUCCUUUUAGACUAAGGGAUGACUAUGCCUCAAAAACUGUUCUUUCAUGCAGGGGAGGAGGAGGAGGGAGGAGCACAGGGAACUGAGGUGAUGGUGCACGGGUGCAUUGGUGAAGGAAACUCAGGGACUACACCUGAGGAGGUGGGGGGAAGCAAAUAUUG